AUGUCUACCCUGGAAUGGAGCAUAUUUAUUGAUUUGGAAAUAGAUUUCCUUUGUAAAGGUUUCUUUCUGGAUGAUUUCAGGACUGAACUCUGCCGCUUCAGUGGGGCAAAGAUAUAUCCCGGCAAGGGUAUCAGAUUUAUUCGCUCAGAUUCCCAGGUAAUGUUUCUGUUUGAGUUGAAGGCAUUACAUUUUCUUUUUAUUUUUCACCACUUUACAGUCUUCCUCUUUGCCAAUUCUAAAUGCAAGAGGUACUUCCACAACAAGCUGAAGCCCUCAAAGCUAACCUGGACAGCUAUGUACAGGAAGCAACACAAGAAGGACAUCGCUGCUGAAACUAUUAAGAAGAGGCGUCGCACUACAAAAAAACCUUACUCAAGGUCCAUUGUAGGUGCUACUUUGGAGGUCAUACAGAAGAAGCGAACUGAGAAACCUGAAGUCCGUGAUGCUGCAAGAGAGGCUGCCCUACGUGAAAUUAAGGAGAGGAUUAAGAAAACAAAGGAUGAGAAAAAAGCCAAGAAGGCUGAGGUAAUGGCCAAGGUACAAAAGAGCAGCAAAGGUAGCUUGCAAAAGGGUGCUGCCCCGAAGGGCCCCAAGCUUGGUGGGGGUGGAGGAAAGCGGUGA